GAGAUGUUGGUGUGGCCUUUCACCAGAGAAAUGUGGUUCCUCCUGUUUGUUACACACCUUUCUGUAUGCUUGGUCGCCUGCUUAAUGGAAAUUGUACAUGGACGUAGCUUAGAGGACAUUGGAGCCUUUUGGUUCUGCAUUGAUUGCCUGUUAUUUGCGCCAAGAGAACAAUUUAAGAACCCUUGGGCUCGGUUGCUGCUGGCUCCAUGGCUAUUGGCGAUUGUAGUUGUAACAGCUACUUUCACUGCAAGCCUCUCCUCCAUGAUGACCGUCUCUCGAGUCCAACCAUCUGUGCUUGAUAUUGAAACACUAAAGAUGACAAAUGCAACUGUUGGUUGCAAUGGAAACUCUUUUAUUGUGAGGUACUUGAUUAAUGUCUUAGAGUUUAGACCAGAAAAUAUCAAGAGUAUUGCCUCCAUAAGUGACUACCCAGAGGCCUUUGAGAGGAAGGAUAUUACAGCAGCUUUCUUUGUUUCUCCCCAUGCUAAAGUCUUCCUUGCAAAAUACUGCAACGCUGGCUUUACCAAAACAGGAUCGGUGUACAAGCCUAGCGGUUUUGGAUUUGUUUUUCAAAAGGGUUCGCCUCUGGCUAUUGACAUCUCAGAGGCAAUGUUAGAGGCAACUGAGAGUGGACAAGUGGAAAAGUUAGAAAAACAAAUGCUCUCCUCUUAUAAUUGCUCCUCUCCAAUAAACUCAAACAAUGGUUCAAUAGGUCCUGAACCUUUCUCUGGCCUAUUUCUAAUAGCAGGUUUUGCUUGUGCAUUGGCAUUUUUGGUAACAAUUGUGCGUUUAGUGCGUGAGCAUUGGAGGAAUUUUCUUCCUGGAAACGUGCUUGUGGAAGUUGAGCUGCAACCCAACCCUGUUAAUUAACACAAGAGUUUGGAGAUGGGAUUUUACAUAGCUGUGUGCUGUGAGAAUAAUCACUUUUAGGAUUGUCGUGAGAAUUGUCACUCCUAGUAGCUCUGUGAAGAA